ACAAACUUGACUUCUCUCAGACUGGAGGAAAGCAGCAGGAGGAUGGGCACGGGCGAGUUCGCGUGCGUGACGCUGCGCGGCGGCGCGCCCUGGGGAUUCAGACUCCACCAGAGCGCUCAAGACCCUCAACAUCCAAUCCAGGUGACUGAGAUAGAGGACGGUAGUCCCGCUUCCGUGGCUGGAUUGUGUGAGAAGGAUGAGCUAGUGUCAGUGAACGGAAAGCCUUGCUCUAACCUUAGUCUCUCAGACGCUCUUGAUCUCAUUGAGGCCUCAGCUGACUGUCUACAGCUGCUUGUCAAAAGAUGCUGUAGUCAACCUCAGGAGAGCUUUGAAAUGGUUAGUACAACUUUUCGCAUCCCUUCUCCAUCCAGGCCUCAUGAGCCACAGGAACUAAACACCUCUGAGUCCCAGGAUGAAGCAUAUUAUGGGGAAACAGACAGCGAUGGAGAGUGUCCGGUGGGGACUCAACUGGUCCGGACCCAACUUCAAAUACCUGCUGCUAGGAAUAAAAGUAGAGGCACCAAUGCCCAGGGUGGUGGAGACACCAGUUUGGAAGUAACCCCUGGAUCUGUGGUCGAAUUGCAGCUCUCGCUCUCCAAGACCACCCUGGAAGAGUCAGACUGUACUGCAUUAGGCAGUGCUUGUGGGGUUGUGGGAGACGUCUAUCAAAGAAAGACGGAUGAGAGUGUAAACUAUACCACCACCACCACAUUUACUCCAGGUAACCCCCACUAUAUACCCCGACAAGACCGGCAACCCCUUGGUCAGCGCGGUGUGCUGGUACCCCCUGCUUUGCCUGGACAGGUGGAGGUGACAGUGCAGCAGUCAUCUGGAAGCAGUUCAGAAAAGGAGGGGGUAGAGGCCAGUGAACGGUUGGAUUCUGGUGGGGAAGAAGGAGGGCACAUUGAAGAAGCUCCCACCUCCUCAUCUGUGUCCUUUGGACUUCCCUCAGAGGAGUGGGACUCUGAAGCAGAGAGGGAGGUCAACAAGCCCAACAAGCACCGGGCAAGGCACGCCAGGCUCCGGCGCAGUGAGAGCCUUUCAGAGAAGCAGGUGAAAGAGGCCAAGUCCAAAUGCAAGCGCAUUGCCCUCCUGCUGUCGGCUCCUGCCCCCAACCCUAAUAACAAGGGGGUGUUGAUGUUUAAGAAGCAUAGACAGAGGGCCAAGAAGUAUACUCUUGUAAGCUACGGUACUGGUGAGGACGAGCCAGAUUAUAAGGACGGCGAAGACGACGAAGAGGAGCACACUGUUGAGUUCACUGUUCUAGCCACAAGUGAAACAGAAAUUGAUGAGGAUUUCUUUACCAAUGCUACAGGUCAGAAAAGCAUUGUAAGCUUUGAUUGGGAUACUGGAUUACUUGAGAUAGAGCGCAAGCUUGACAACCAGGAGGGUAUGGAUGCACUACCUGAGACCAAGGGGAAAGGAGCCCUCAUGUUUGCCCAGCGCAAACAGCGCAUGGAUGAGAUAGUAGCAGAACAUGAAGAGAUGAGGCGUAAGGGGAUCCCUGUUGAAGCGGUGCCGGAGCCUGAGACACAUCAAACAUACCAACAGAUGGAAGAGCACACUUAUAUGCAAGCACAAGAGACCCAGAAUUACAUGGAUGUAAAUUUACACCACAGCAUUUCAGCACAAAAGCCGCAACAACAAUAUAAUCAGUACCAAGAACAGUACUAUCAACAACAGCAGCAGCAGCAGCAGUAUCAAGACUAUCAGCAGCAGCUACAAUACCAGCAACAGCAACAGCAACAUCAGUACCAACAACAGCAAGACUACCAGCAACAAAAAAUGUACCAACACAUGCAAUCAUACGAUCAGCAACAACAGUGCCAACAACAGCAAGUGCAACAGUAUUCACAUCAUAUGAAUGGCAUGUUUGAUCAGCAAAUGCAGAAUGAAAUGCAGCCAUUAGUCACAAACAGGAGUGCCAAACCAUUCUCAGUUCAGAAUAGAGUGCCUGCCCCAUUUUCCUCCCCACCAAGUGCAGAGAAUCAAGAACAGUCUGGGUAUUCAUUGGGACAAGGUGAACAGAUUGCUUCCCGUGAUGAGCGUAUAUCUGUUCCUGCUAUCAAGACUGGUAUCUUGCAAGAUACAAGGAGGAGGAGUGCCAAUAAACCUAUGUUCACUUUCAAGGAGUCUCCCAAGGUUUCACCUAAUCCUGCUCUGUUGAAUCUCCUGAACAGGAAUGACAAGAAGGCAGGUUUUGAGCCUUGUCCAGAAGAAGAUUAUUUAAGCUUAGGAGCUGAAGCCUGCAACUUUCUUCAGUCUCCUAAGAUGAAACACAAAGUUCCACCACCAGUAGCUCCUAAACCUAACAUUAACCCCGCUUCUCCCCCAUGGUCUAUUCAACAAGAAACUACUGAUCAACCUAUCCCACAGCAAACUGAAAACAGUGUCCUAACACCUGCAGAAGCUCCAGUUGCAGAGGCUGAUGCUGCUCCUGCCCCUGAAAUGGGAGCCCCAAUGUUGUCUGAAGAAGAGCCUACAUUGACCCCUGAAUCCCAUAAUGUUUCACACUGUCCUGAACAGCUUCCUCCAGACAAUGCCUGGAAACAACCAGAAUCUCAAAUGGAGCCGAACCAGCAACCAGAAACCUGGAAUGAGAGACAACCCCAGCCGCAAAUCAAUUCUGCUCAUCCUGUCGCACCACCUGUUACGCAGUCAGAACCUGUCAGAUCAUGGGAUCCAGCUCCAACCCAAGGUCAUCAGCAGAUUCCAGUAAGUACUUGGGGUCCAAAUGAGGUCCAAUUGCAAGCCCCAUCUCAAAACCAGUCUCAAACACAGCCACAGUGGAUGACGCAGUCUCCUCCAGAAGUACAAUUGCAAGUACCUUCUAAAACACAAUCCCAGCCUUCUUGGGUAACACAGCCUCAAACUUCACCCCAACCCAAACAUCAACCACAGCCUCAGCCCCAAAUCAGUUCUUGGGCACCAGGUCCAAAUCAAUCACCACCACAAGCUCCAUGGUCUCAGACGCAUGAGCCGGCACAACCAUCUAUCAGUGCUUGGCAACAAGAUCAAAAUCAAGCUCAGGAACAUCCAACCUGGACCCAACAACAACAGUUCCAACAAUCACAGUUAAUGCCACAUUGGGCAUCACCCACACAGCAACAGCCACAGCCUUCUUGGACUCAACCUCAGAGGGAGUCACAGCCCCAACCUCCUUGGGUCUCUCAGGCCAAGCAGCAAGAGCAAACACAGCCAUCUGCAAAUGCAUGGACUCAACCACAGAGUCCAAUUCAAGCACAGCCUUCGUGGGCUCAGCAGACUCAACCGCCACCACAGCCCACAGCACCAGUCCAGCAACCCAUGAAUCCUUGGCCACCAAUGCCAGCCCAGUCCCAACCACAUCCACAGUGGGGACAAGAACCUGCUUCUCAACAACAUCCUGAACAAGUAAUGAACUCUUGGACUCCUGCACAGAAUCAAAUUCAGCCUCCCUGGGCUCAGCCACUGCCACCGACUCAGCCUCAGGCACAUCCUCCAUGGGCACCAAAACCUCAACAGCAGGCAUCCCAGCCAGCUGUGAGCCAGUGGACACCACCCCAAUCUCAGUCUCAACCAGCAGUAAAAGCUUGGGCACCCCAACACCAGCAGAGUUCAGUUGGCAGCAUUGCCCAAAAUGAACCCCAGAAAUUGCCUCCCCAACCAAUCAAGCCAUGGAGUCCAUCUCAGACCUCUCAGCCCGCUCCUCCACGACGAAUGAACUCAUACACCACUGGGACAAAGGCACCGUCUCCUGUUCCAACAAGUAGUACUAUGUCACCCUCUGGUUUUGGUUCAGCAUUUGAGAUGCCAGCCUUGAGAGGGAAAGGAGCUGAACUGUUCGCCAAGAGGCAAUCCAGAAUGGAGAAGUACGUUGUGGAUUCUUCCACAGUGCAGUCGAAUAAGGCACUUAGGAGUUCAUCCUUGUCACCGGUCAGAUUUUCAGCAGCAGGCCUCAACCCCAGGUCGGUUUCAUCUUCUCCAUCAUCCAGACCUACAUCCCAAACCAUUUCUGUUCGGCCACCAUUGGGACAGACCUCCCGGACAGACAGGGGUCACAAGCCGCCCACCCCUUGGGAAGCUGCCUCACGCCACCCACUGGGGCUCGUGGAUGAAGCCUUUACAUUUCUGAACAUUCAGCAGUCGAUUGCCUCCAACCUGCGCUAUGCCGCUCAGAGUAAGCUCUUACCCGAGCCUCCGGCCGAGUGGAAGGCAAAGGUCGCGUAUGAACCUCCACCAAAAAACCAAAAAGACAGUUUAAGUCAAUCACCUUUGGCUUUUCUGUCCCCAACCAAGAGCACAGCGUCGGCACCAGCUGGUCCCGUCCCAUACGGGACACCCUUUAGACAGAGUCAACCCCAAAGGUCAAUGACAGAGGCUAAUCUUGGGCCUUCACAGGGUGAUCCGAAGGAAAUGGGGCCUCAUAAACUGAGACUCUAUAAAGCCAAAGAUAGCAGUGCUUGGAGACACUGAAGGAGAGCUGGGAAGCCUUUAUAUGUAAGUGAAAGUGAAAUGAAAUGGGAAUGAAUUUUGCUGGAAAGUGAGUAAAGUAUGAUUAUUAUGGCUACUAUUAAACAAAAAGCAUACAGAUAAGACACAGAAGUUGAUACUGCAGAAUGAGGGUCAAUAAAAGUCAGAAGACGAAUACGAGAAGUUGAAGAAGAGUUUAUGAAGAUUAUUUUACAUAAGUUUGGUUGACAGAGUGUUACAGCUUGCUUUUGAAAUUCACACUUACAACAAUCACUAAUACUGAUCUGUGAAUAUGCGUCCCCUUGUGAAAAAAGAGUACACUUUAGCAUACUUAUAAAACUUAUAUAAACUUUAACUUUAUGAUAAUUACUAUUGAAUGAACAUAGCUGUAAGCAGUGAUUAGGGUUCAAGGCAUUUAAGCAUAAAAGGAAAAAGACAUUACGUAUUAUUUAGCAAGGCUGUACCGACCUAAAUCAAUGAUUAAAAAAGCAUUUUAAGGUAACUUACCAUAGAAAUAUGAUGUCCUUUAACAUUUAUGACUGUCACAGCGCCAGCUGUGGUCCGAUCCCCUUAAAACUUUGCAUGCUUGUUUAGAAUCAUCUGUCAUAUAUGCUCAGUAGGUUUCGUGAAGUUUUGAGUUUUCCUUUAGGCUUUAUAGGAUUUUGGGUACAUUUAGACAGGCCCCUUUUUUGGAAAGUUAUAACAGUUCCGUUAUAGCUGAAAAUAUUGCCAGGCUCACGAUCGAAUCUGAGGCAUACAUUUUGUCUACCCAAAGAUUAUAAGACACUUGAGUCUGCAAUUGACGGUUUGGGAGUUAUGAGUGAUUUUGUACUUUUGUUCGCUCUGGCGCCCCCGUCAGGCCGAUUGGGGCAAGCCUUAGUCACAUUGUAGACAGUGUGAGUACUACCAUCCCUCCAAGUUUCACGUCUCUGUGACUUAAGGUUUGGUUUGCAUGAUAAGUUUUACACAGAGAUCGCAGAUCCAUGACCAUUCUAACAAUUACAAUAGGGUUUCAGCGCUACAUGCCUGAACCCCUAAAAAUGUAGUUAAAAUGUGGUUAGUUGAACUUGAAAGUGCUUUUUAGACCCAAAUAAGUAGGAUGUUCUUAAAAGUGUACUUAAGAAACACUGUCAUGAAAAUGCACUGUUUUUAAGUGCACUUAAGUGGCCUUUUAUUUUACUAAUAGUAUGUAAUCUGAAAGUUGAGACAUGCCCGAGUAGUGAAUCCGUAUUCAGACAGGCACGGAAAAUGAAGUCUAAUGAGUCAUUAAAGGGACAUGGUUAGCUGCUUGCUAGUGUUAACCUGUUACAUUAGAGUACAUUAAAUUUCACUUACCGCAUAAACAGAGUUAGGAGAGAUGACUGAUAGGACGAUGGUGAAUGAUUUGCAGAUCCUGAGCACCACUGACAAACAUCUUGUAAAAUGUAAGUAAUGCCACUCCAUAGUACACAGAGUAGGUGUAAUUGCGAAUUGGAAAGUGAAAGUAAAAAGUGAGCACACAUUCAAAAGGCGAUUAAAAUGCCCUGUGUAUUAAUAGCAGCUCCCUGACACUUGCUAUUUGUAUACAGUACCCACCUUAUUUUUUCCAUAAGAGUGGGCAUGGCCAUUUGUAAAUUUUAUGGGUGUGGCUUACGGACUUUUCCGUGCCCAGCUAUUUUUAGCUGUACAAAACAGCUGGUUUUGCUGCUUGAUAUUGCAAAUUGGUGUGUCUUACCAUAUUAUUUUAAUGUAUUAUCUUAAUUAUGAACACACUGGUUUGUAGUGCAAACUGUUUUGUCGUUUACUGCACGUUAUUCUUCUCGUUAUGUUCCUAUAGCGGCUAAUGAACCAGAAGUCUCACCCAUAGGCUUACUUUGGCUUUGAAGAAUAAGGCAGAUAAUUACCAAACAACAUAAUUGUGAGAGAAAGCACUGAAAUUUUUCUCCCAAAUAUAUUUUCAUUUUUAGGGGUUUUGUAGGACACGUCAUUUCCUCUCCGAACACGGUAUUCGGAUUUGGGCACAUCUGCAAGUACAGUUUUAAAAAAAUAUACUUUUAAGAUUUGAAGUACACUAAAAGUGCACAUUCAACACAAUGAAGUGCACUUCAUUUUCACAAGGGCCAUGCAUUCGGUUUUAAAGUGUUGCACUAAUGAAUGGGGUAAAGUGAUUAUGCAUGAUACUAAACACAUGCUAAAGAAAUAACAAACCAUUAUAGUUCUUCAUAGUAUGUCAUGUAAAUGCUAGUGUGAGACACAGUUCAGCGUAUUUAAUCACAAAUUAACUGCAAAUGUUAAAUUGCUGCAUUAAAAUAAUCUAAUAAUGAGGAUGUUUUGGUUGUUGUGAUGACAACUACAAUUAAUAUUAGUUGUUUGUUCUAAAAUUAGAGAGGGAAAAAAUUAAUUUUGUUUGUGUGCUUUAAAGCUAUUAGGCAGAAACUGUUGAAUCAGUAACAGCCGUACUUGUUACAUAAGCUUCACUUUAAAAGAUUAAAUCAUUCUUUAGUGACCCGGCCUGACGCUUCACCACACCAGAUUCACUCAACAAAUUUAAUCUCCGGUUUGCUGUUAAAUGCAUAAAUAAAUAAAUAAAUAAAAAACUGAACAUUCCUUAAGUAUUGUGCUGUGAAAGUUGUCACAAAUUACUUUUUUUUUUUUUUCAUAUGUGAAAUAUGUUUCAUAUGUGGCAAUGCAUGCUCUCAAUACACUUUAAAAAUGAUGUUUAUUUCUACUCUUUGAGUUGUCCAUACUUCUAUUUCUUUAUUCCAUGACUGAAUGUUUCUGUGAGAAGGAUGUCAGUUAGCUAAACUUUGACGUGUUUGAUUUAUAAAAUGUUGAUCAGGAUACAAAAAAUUUGUUAAGUGCAUCAGAGAGGAGUUCAGUAUUAAGUGACUUGUUUGAUUUAUACUUUCUACAGCUCCACUUUCUGUAUGUGACUGACAUAAACCAUGCUUUGCACCUGUAUUAAAGUAACAUGUUAUAAAGCUC